GGGAGAGGGACAACACCAGUUUCCCGCAAACCCCCCUGUAAACAAAUAAAUUCACGCCGGGGCCCUCACCCUCCACAACCUUCCCGAUCCCCAAAUCCCCACAAACCCUAGCUCGCCGGAGCGAGCCCACCUUCCGGUGGCUUCUCCGACCGCCUCGUUUCGGCACCGCCGUGUGAUGAGUCCAGAGCCUCGGGGUUGAGCCCUAAUCUUAGUUGCCUUCAAUGGCCGCGCAGACCCCGCCGAAGCCUCCCGCCGUGGAGGCGCGCUUGGCGGAUCUCUGCAAGGAGCUGGGAGUGGAGGAGGGCGUCGCCGGCGAGGCCGCGGCCCUGCUGGAGGAGGGGAAGGGCGCGCUCCUCGUGUCGCCUUCGUUCGGCAGCAGAUCGCGCGAGGAUGCCGAGAGGCUGUGCUUGGCGUUCGUGCUGUACUGCGCGGCGAGGCUGAAGGGGCGGAAGGAGGGCUCUGGGGUCAGGCUGUGUGAGAUCUUGAAGGGCUGCAAGCUCGAGUACGAUGAUUUCUUCAAGGAAGCACAGCAGCUUGGUUUGAAGAUCGAUAAGCUUUUAGAGAGCCGUUAUGGCCUGGACUGGGAAGGCUGGCUCGAGCUGAAGCAAUUGGAGAGUUUGGUAAAGCUGCUGACGGAUGCAAGCAGGUUCUAUCGUAAAGCAUAUAAUGAACUAUUCUCAAGUGCAAGUACUGAUCAGAAGUCUGGGUCAACUACAAAUACUCCUGAGUAUAUUCUUUUUGGGUGGCAUCUUUUCUUAAUGCUUCGUUCAAGAUCACCAGAAUUGUUUAAGGACCUGGUAUCCUGCAUCCAUGGAUUAGUUGCUGUAUUGGCCAUACUUUUGAUUCAUGUCCCUUCUAAAUUUAGGAGCUUCACAAUUGAAGGAUCUUCUCACUUAAUCAAAAGAACCGAGAAAGGUGUGGAUCUUAUUGCUUCAUUAUGUCAUAACUAUCAUACCUCUGAAGACCGCUUGAAAGACAUGAUGGGCAAAUCUCACAAGGCAAUAGAGGACUUCUUCAGCAUGAAAGCAAUAAGUGCUUCGGAGUGCAAAAUAGAAAACUUGGAUAAAAUAGACACAGAUGGCGUGAUGUACUUCAAAGUUCUUCUUGAUGAGGAGUGUUUCCAGUCAAAUUUGAAAAAACUGGAGAAACUAUGCAAUUCCAAUACCAGGGAAGGGGAGCUUGAUUUGCAGUUGUUUUUGAUCAAUAAUGACUAUAUACCCAGGGCUGAGAACUCUCCUGGGGGCUCCACUAAUUUAGGAUGUUCAAAGCGUGUCUUUGAAACAUUAGCAUCGCCUACAAAGACAAUAAAGAGCAUGUUGACUGUCCCUAGUUCCCCUUCAUCACCUGCCAGUGGUAGUUCAGUUAAGAUUGUGCAAAUGACACCAGUAACUUCUGCCAUGACAACAGCUAAGUGGCUUCGCGAGGUGAUAUCAUCAUCGCCAGAGAAGCCUUCAUCUAAUCUCCAACAUUUCCUUUCCUCAUGCGAUAUGGAUUUGACAAAUGAUGUUACAAAAAGGGUCAGCAAAGUUUUGGAAGCAAUUUUCCCGACCAAGUCUUCAGCAGAUCGGGGUGGUUCCAUAGGCCUCAACUGUGCAAAUGCAUUUGAUAUUCCAUGGGCGGAAGCAAGAAAAAGGGAGGCUUCCAAGUUGUACUAUAGAGUGCUGGAGGCAAUCUGCAGAGCUGAAUCACAGAACAAGAAUGUAAAUAAUCUAACUCCAUUGUUGUCAAAUGAGCGUUUUCAUCGAUGCUUGAUUGCAUGUUCAGCUGAAAUAGUAUUGGCAACACAUAAGACAGUCAUCAUGAUGUUUCCUGCUGUUCUGGAGAGUACUGGUCUAACUGCAUUUGAUUUGAGCAAAAUAAUUGAGAACUUUGUGAGACAUGAAGAAACCCUCCCAAGAGAAUUGAAAAGGCAUUUAAAUUCAUUAGAAGAACAGCUUUUGGAAAGCAUGGCAUGGGAGAAAGGUUCAUCGUUGUAUAAUUCACUGGUUGUUACUAGGCCAUCGCUUGCUUCAGAAAUAAAUCGCCUUGGUCUUUUGGCUGAACCAAUGCCAUCUCUUGAUCACUUAGUAGCACGGCAGAAUAUCCAUGUUGAGGGCUUGCCAGCUACACCAUCUAAAAAGCGUGCUGUUGGUCCAGACGACAACAGUGAUCCCCAAUCACCAAAGAGACUGUGCAAUGAAUCCAGGAACACAGUAGUAGAGCGCAAUUUGCAGACACCACCACCAAAGCAAAGCCAUAUGGUGUCAAGUAGCUUGAAAGCAAAAUGCCAUCCACUCCAGUCCACAUUUGCAAGCCCAACUGUCAGUAACCCUGUCGGUGGGAAUGAAAAAUGUGCUGAAGUAACGGUCCAAAUAUUCUUUUCCAAAAUUCUGAAGUUGGCUGCUAUUAGAAUAAGGAACUUGUGCGAAAGGGUUCAACAUGUGGAACAGACAGAGCGUGUCUACAACUUGUUCAAGCAGAUUCUUGAUCAACAGACAGCAUUAUUUUUUAAUAGACACAUUGAUCAACUUAUUCUUUGCUGCCUUUAUGGUGUUGCAAAGGUACUUGGCCUACAGAGUAAGGUUUGUCCAUUACUGCUGUCAUUCAAGGAGGUACUGAACAAUUACAAGAGAGAGCCGCAAUGCAAACCAGAAAUUUUUUUAAGUAUCUAUGUUGGGAGUAGAAAUCGCAAUGGGAGUCUAGGAUCACGCCAUGUCGAUAUCAUUACUUUUUAUAAUGAGGUAUUUGUUCCAGCUGCCAAGCCUUUCCUGGUGACACUAAUCCCUUCUGGUACUCGUCCAGAAGACAAGAAUGCUAAUGGCCAAAUUCCUGGAUCACCCAAGCCAUCUCCUUUCUCAAAUUUACCAGAUAUGUCCCCAAAGAAAGUUUCGGCUUCACAUAAUGUUUAUGUGUCUCCUUUGCGGCAAACCAAGAUGGAUGCACUGCUUUCACCAAGUUCCAGGAGUUUUUAUGCAUGCAUCGGUGAAGGCACCCAUGCUUUUCAGAGCCCAUCUAAAGAUUUGGCUGCUAUAAAUAACCGCCUAAACUAUACUAGCAGGAGAAUAAACACUCGAAUAAACUUCGACAUGGUGAGCGACUCAGUGGUAGCUGGUAGUCUGGGCCAGCCAAAUGGUGGUUCUGCCUCCUUGGAUCCUGCAGCUGCAUUUAGCCCCCUAUCAAAGAAGAGAAAACCAGAUUCUUGAUCAAAUAAAUGACAACCUCUCUGUAUAUAGCUCAAUCCACAGCAUGCUUUCUAUUCUUCUGAAUAAGUGGGUUAAGUGGAGUGCUUUAACUGUACAUGUAUGUGUUAGUGAGUAGUAGCAGUCGACAAGCAGCAGACUAUUUAGAAUUGGCUUUGAGGUGUAUCAUUUCAUUUCCUUGCUGAUUGAAUGCAUUAGAUUGUAACAUCUGAUCUGUAUAGAAUGCUAAUUAACCUUUUUUCCAGAAUACUGCCAA